AUGGAGCGGGCCACCACAUGGGCAAUCCCCUGUGUCCGACCCACGAGAGGAACUAGACGGGCUCGUUCGGGCCUUCGGUCCGGCCAGCACUCGGAUUGGCCCGGCACGGUGCGAUGGGAGCGCCGGGGCCGGCCCGCCCGCGUGGGGCGGGUCCGCCCCGACAUCCCGCCGGGUCCCGGAACCCAUGGCAAUCAGACGGCCCGCGCGGGCGGACGAGAGUCGGGGAGCCCAGGCCCCCUCGCACCUCGACCGCCGGGCGGGGACCCGAUCACGCCCGCCGCACUCCCGCGGGGGCGGCAGCAGGCGGGGCGCCGAGCCGCAGCCCCGGCGGCGGAACGGGCGGCGGCAGCAGCCCGCCGGGCGGCGGACCGAGGCGGGCCCCCUCCCCGGGGGGACCCGGCGGACCGCGGGAUUGAAACGAGGGGAGUCGGAGGGCAAAGGGCGCCGGGCGGGCAAGAGCGGGCCCGCCCGGGACGGCCCCGGAAGACAGAGAGAGAGCCGAACGGCCCGUGCGGAGGCUCGAGAGAGAGAAUGACACCGGCGCCGCGGCCCAGGCCGCCGCGGCGCGUCCGGCCCGAGAGAGACGGGCGCGCGCCCCGCCCCGGCGAGGCGGCGCGGCCCGCACGGCCCCGAGAGGGCUACCUGGUUGAUCCUGCCAGUAGUCAUAUGCUUGUCUCAAAGAUUAAGCCAUGCAUGUCUAAGUAA